CCGUGCGGAAGCCCGCAGCCUGCCUAGCGUGACGUUUUUCGGUAGUGGUGGGGGCGGGGGCGGGGGUCGGCGCCUGCGAGGUGGCACUCGAGCAGGCGGCGGGCGGGAAGGCCUGGCUGGGCCCGUCCGGCGCUGCGCUUUGAGAAAGUUCGUUUGCGCUGAAGGGAGGGCGGCGGGGCUGGUGUUGCCCCUGCGGUGGGCUCCUCCCGUCGAGCGGCCCGCUCAGCGGCGCGGGGCGGCAGGCACCGCCUCUGCAUCGCUCCUGUCCUGGGCGCGUUGUCCCGCCCCACUGGACGGGAAGCAUAAACGGAGGGAUGUCGGAAGCCCCACAGAGCGAGACCCCUCCAUCAGACGUGCCCAUGGGCUCUGAGGAUGGCUUGAGAAGAAGGAGCUGGGGGCUGCUGAUUACUGGUGGUGUUGGUGGGACACUGGUGGCCUUGUAUGCUGUCGUCACCCCGUUCAUAAUGCCAGCGCUGAGAAAAGUUUGCCUGCCUUUUGUUCCCGCAAGUUCAACUCAGAUUGAAAAUGUCCUGAAAAUGUUACAGAACAGAAGCGGCUGUCUGGUUGACAUUGGUAGUGGGGAUGGCCGUAUUGUGAUAGCUGCUGCGAAAAGGGGAUUCAAAGCUGUUGGUUAUGAAUUAAAUCCCUGGUUAGUCUGGUACUCCAGAUACCGUGCCUGGAGAGAUGGGGUACAUCAGAACACCAAAUUUUAUAUUUCAGACUUAUGGAAGGUUUCUUUUUCGCAUUACACGAAUGUUGUUGUUUUUGGGGUACCUCAGAUGAUGCCACAGUUGGAGAAGAAGCUGGAAGAAGAGCUUAAGUGUAAUGCCAGAAUCAUUGCCUGUCGUUUUCCUUUCCCUUGCUGGAUCCCAGAUCAUACUAUUGGAGAGGGAAUAGACACUGUGUGGGCCUAUGAUUUGAAAACUUCUAAUGGAUGUGAAACAAAAUGCUUGAAAAUGACACCAAGGACAGAAUUCUGAAAAUCUAAUUUGUUUUGUAUCGAAAUUUUCAGCUUUGACCUCAUCUCUUAGAAGAUGAGAUUAAGGCUAUAUGGUGAAUAUGUAUCUAUUAUAUACUGGAGUUAUAAAGUAACACUGAAGUGUGUUACUUUAUUACCUGAAAAAAAUUAAAGAUUAGUGAAAUGUGUAGUUAAAGGAGUCUCUGUAGUUGGUGAAAAUUAUGAAAGUUUUAUAGAAAUAGAGAACUUCAGUACUGAAAAUGAGAUAAAGUCACUACUGUUGAGUGGAGCAUAUAUAAGUUAAAAUGUUCUACUUGACUGUCUUAAAAUAUAUGUUCUUUCUGGUCUUACUUAGCAUCCAUUAUUGGUGAUCAAGUGAUGUGCAAGUAGCUGCUCAAAUGAGCAGUUGUUCCCAAAUGUUUUCACCAGUUAAGCUAAAUGGGCAUGAUGCUGCACUUCCUGUUUGGCCAAGAGUUACAUAUAUCAAAUGGCGAUGCAGACUGAAUAUAAUGACGGCACUGAUGGCUUACACUUCAGCUUCGAAUAUUUGCGUUUUAAAGGUGUAUAUUCUUUCAUUAGCACAAGUGCUGUCUUUGAUUUAUAUUAAUGUAUUUUUAUUUAACUUAUAACAUGGAGACAAAACUCCAAAAGUGAGCUCUUAAGAACUCUUACUGAUAUAAGCCUUUGCAAAUGACCAUGAUUUUUUUUCAUGUCUCUGAUUCAGAAAAGGUCUCAAAAGUCCUACAUGACAGUAAAGUGCCGCUGCUUCUGCUUGCUCAGACCUUAGGUAAAGUAUGCGUGAGAGCUGCUUGCUUGGGUGUGUCAUGAAAGCCUCCGCUUCCAGAGGCAGCUGGUCUGGCUAGCUUGGUUAAAUCUGAUUAGAUCUGGUCUAACUUAUUGCCAAGGAGGUCCUCAGUCAAGCUUUUUCCCCUUCAGCUUUUCUGAGCUGUAUCAUCUGGUGAGAUCUCCUAAACUUACGGCAUCACUGCAUGGUCUUUGCUUGCAAGUGAUGCAAGCUCUUCCUGUAAGCCUCAUGAAGUUCAGCAAAGGAAGACUAACAAUUCUGUACCUGGGAUAGAAUAACCCAUGCAGCAGUACGGAUUAGGCACCACCUAGGUGGAAAGCACCUUUCUAGAAAAAGACCUUGGGAUCCUGGUUGGACAACAGAUUGUGUGAGCCAGCAGCCAUGAUCAAGGCCAAACCGAUACUGGGCCAUGUUAGCAGGUAAGGGACGUGAUUGUUCCCUCUUUUCAGUGCUUGCAAAUCUGCAUCUGGAGUAGUGUUCUGUUUGGGCUUCACAGUGCAAAAGAGACCUUGACAGUCUGGAGUGAGUCCAGUGGAGGGCUAUCAAGAUGGUCAGGGAGUUGGAGCACAUGUUAUUCAGGGAGAGGCUGAGAGAACUGGGUUUGUUCAGCCUUAAGAGAAGGCUGGGAGGUGGGCAAGGAAUCUUAAUUGUUGUCUUUCUCCUGUACCUACUAGGAGGGUGCAGGGAGGAGACAGACUGUUUGUGGAGGUGCAUAGAGAUAAGACAAGAAGGGAAAUUUUGAUUAGACACUAGGGAAAAUGUUUUCACUGUUAGAGUAGUCAGACAUUUGAAAAGGUUGCCCAGCAAGGCUAUGGGACCUCCAUCUCUGGAGUUAUUAGGAACUUGACAAGGCCACGAGCAGCCUGCUCUGAGUUGGCCUUGCUUUAGAGGUUUAGACCAGGUAAUUUUCGAAGAUCUCUCCCAACCUGUUGUUUUGUAGUUUUACAAUGUUGAUGGUAGAAGGUUUCUUCCUCCAUCUUGGAGAUCUUUGGGGUUAUUUUUGUCUUGUAGCAGUCUGCUUACUUGGUCUUUUCAUUGGUUCCCAGCUGAAGUUUGCCUGUCUUCAUAUAUUAAGUUAGUCAAAGUUAUGUAAUAGCCUCCUGCAGCCCCAGUUAACAUAAAGGCUGUUAUGCAGUGACCAUGAGUUGGUUAGAUCUUUGCAUAUGACAUCCAUACUGCUAAGCUAAAACAAGUCAAGUAAAAGUGACCUGCUAGGCAACUGUUAUGUUAGUACAAUUAAAACAAGCCCAGACCAAGAGCAGUGCUGAAACCCUGCUCUGUCAGGUCAAUACAAAGCCAGUGACAUUUUACUAGUCCAUUGCAAAGUCGUAUUUGCUGGGCUACAGUAUGUGACCAGAGAAGUUAGAUGUUCUUUGGGGUGUGUAAUCUACAUUUACACUUGUACCCAGCUUUUUUUUAUUAUUAUUUUUUGUUUUAGUGGGGGCAGGCAGGAGCAUUUAAAGUAUAAAUCUACACUGAGGAAUUGAAAGAGAGCAGUAGAAUUGCGUUCUUCUCAUGUUGUUUACAGGGUAGGAGAAGAAAGGUGCAAACAUAACUGGUCUGGAUACUGCAAAGGAAAAUCGUUUCCGCCUCACAUGGCAAGGCACAAGUAUAAAUGUGGAGACUGUAUGUAUUGAAGAACACUGGUUACUGGUAAGCAGUCUCUUAUAACCUUUGUCUUUUGUUUAUAUGGACUGUCAUUUCACUGCAGUAUAACAUAGAAGUUCUUAUAGAAUUAUAGUAAAUUCCACCAUUACUUAAGGUUUAUAAAUAAUAACACAGUGACAGAACUGGGCUACAGUAACUGUCUAAAAUGUCUGGAUUUACUUUAAUAUCCCAAAGCCAUAAAACUGGAACCUGAGACAAAGUGUGAAAUUUUUCCUGUUGAAAAAGACCAUACAAAGGGAAAACUAGCUAAUUAAACCAAGAGUUCUUCCCUGAAAGAUUAUAAAGAGGAAAAAGAAGCCAAAGAUCCUGAUCAAGUCGGUUGACUUGUCUGCAGUAUGGUGCUUUGACCGAGUUUCUACUGCUUACUUUCACUGAAGUUAGUUUGCAAGAAAUGAAGCAGAUCUUUAAGUUUUCCCCGAUGUUUGACUUCAUAUGUUUGUCUACUGUACUGUCGUUUGCCUGCUGAAAGGUAAAAUUGAAUACAUAAUAAUAGAAGUGUGUUAUUUAGUUAUUACCUGUCUCUCUGGAAAUACUGAUUGAGGUGACUGAGACAGAAUGAAUGACACACAAUAGCCUGAGCUUUAGGAACACUCAAUGCUGUCCUAAAGGCAAGGAGAAGCUUUUGAAUGCUCUUAAAAUAAAGCAGAGGACUAUUUCUUGUACUGGGCAUUUUCUUUUGGCAAAGGCCUACAUUGGACAGUGGUCCAUACGUUCUGUAUUCCUUGUUAGAUAAAGAGAUAAACUAUAUUUGCUGUUGCCAUGGCUGAAGUGUGAAACAAAGCAAAUUGCUCGGAUUUUCUCAGGGUGACUAGGAAAGCAUUUUCCUGUUAUGCUAUCCUCAAUUUUUUGAUCACUUGUUGUGUUCAUUUAGUAGUGUGCUGGUUUAAGUACUUAAUUGUGACUUCAGUUAUCACUGUAUGGAUUAUUGAGUCGUUCACUUUCAACUGCUGUGGUAAUAUAUAAUGAUUUCAUUGAUGGGCAGCUUUAAAGUGCAGAUUUGUUUCUUCAUCUGAACAACCAAAAAGCCCUAGAGAACUGAGUUAAUCAAAUUACAGUGUAGGUCUGAAGCCACGAGAAGGAAACCUCUAAGCUAAAUGUGCUGCUCAAUACCAAAGUAAUUCAGUACACAGGAAAAAAACAACCAACCUCAAUAGUUUAUCUUCAUUUACAACUUCAGGUAGAAUCGCUUGCCUUUUGGGAGCUACUUGUUUUAUUCCAUCUUUGCCCUACCAGAUUUUAGCAAAAAGUUGCUACAUUGCUGAAUGAGUAAUGCUUUCCUGAAGUAUUCCAGAAUUGGAUCUGGCUGAAAAUAAAAUGAGUCAGAGUUCUUUAGGAAUGAGACUUAAAAAUUAUUUUUUUUUUCCUUCAGACAAAUUAUGUCUCUAUGGGCUCUGUGGUGGAAGCCUCACAAUAAUCUCAGCCAAGUUUGUUCAGAUUUGCUUGUAAAAGUUUUUAUUUAUUUUGUGGGCUUUAGGCAUUUCCCGAUUAGUGUGUUGAAGUUCCUGGCUUAUCCUCUGGAGUACGAUUAUAUGCUGUGAAUUAAUCCAGUAUUGCUCCAAGGAACUUAGUCCUCUGUCUUUCAACUGCUGUUUAUUUCUGAUUCAUGAGUUGCAGCCAGGUGAGAAGAUAGAGAAUCAAGUUUAAAAUGAAGUACUCCAUUUUGCAAGUCAGUUGAAAGAAUAUCAUCUGUGGAAAAUGGUUCAAAAGCCCAGGGUUAGGGAGAGUCUAUCUUUAAUGAAGGACACUUCUCAUGAGGCAUCAGAUCUCCUGAUUUCUGCAUACAUUUCAUAAGUAAGAAAGAUGAGCUUUGCUUUGCUCAUGUGUGUUUACUUUAAAAAUUAUCACUGCAUUACUGUUCUGAGAACCAGAAAGGAAGCAAAUAGAGGUGGUGCCUUGUUUGUCUUUUAUGUUCUGAGCUAUGGGGAGAAAAGAGGAAGGGAAUCUUACGGUCCGAAUAUGGUAGUUGCAACUAUUUCCGAAGCAAUUCUACAGACUUGCAUCUCAGCUGUAUUUCUUGCUAGGUAUGUACAUGCAUGUUAAGGAUGGGCUGUGGAUGAACAUUCACUCAGCUCAGAAGUGAAUUCAUGGCUGAUAUUCUUAAAUUUGAAUGAAUACUAACUUGAUAGAUCAAGUCAAGCUUCUGUAGUUCCACUUUACAUGAUGGCUUAUAAAUAUUGAAGAAUUAUUCAAGAAGGAACAUGAAUCCUUCAAAUUGAUUGAAGAGUGCAGCCUAACACCAGAAUUAAUGUUCAUAAGUACUGCUUUAACUUUAGUUUUCUUCUAUGCUUCUAAAAUUUGCAUGUCUCUAGUUUUAUAAUGUAAAUAUGCUUUAUAUUAUAAACUUUAUAUUUUUAGAAGUAAUUUAUGAUUGUACACAUAGAAGUUCUUGUUGAUUUAAAAAAUAAACUAAAAAGUGCCCUCCCUCCAAGGUUCUAAGGCUAACUGUUAGAAAUCACCCUUGACUGUCAAAGCUGCAUAAUUUCCACUAUUUUUCUUUGUACAGUAAUCUUUCUGUUCAUCCUUGUAUGCUUUACUGUGGAUACUCUUAAAUUAAUAAUUACCAUUUUCCCCCUCAUUCUGUGUUUUCUGAAUUCUGUCUCUUAAAAAGCACCACAUUUGUUUUUUUUACCAAUGAUUCUCUGAUUUACUUCUAUUUUUUGUAUUCUUUUUACAGUUUGACUAUAUCUCUUCAUAGAUUCACCUAAGGUUCUCAUUUCCUUUUGUUUUCUGUAAACUGGUUUCCUUUUUUCCAGCUAACCAUGCAGAAGACUAUGUCAUAGGAAUGUCCUUUUUGCUGACAUUUUAACAUGCGUUUUACUAACCCACUUGGUUUAUUUAGCAUUCUGUAUGCUGGCAUAGCAUGACUUUUGUGUCAGUAAAUAAAAUAAAAACACACCCACCGAUAUGGCAGAUUGAAAAACAGCCUCCUUCUACAAUAAUUCUGACUAUUUAGUAGUUGUAAGUAUUUAAUUUUACAUUAUUAUUAUUAUUAUAUUUCAUCACUUGGCAAAUGAAUAUAGGCUUUUUGUCCAUUCA